GAAAAAAGAAGAGUAGUCUAGAGAGAGAGAAAGAGAGAGUGGUCUCAGUCACAAAUUGGUGUCCAUUGGUCUGAUUGAUUUAACCUCCACACAGUUUUCCUUUGUUUUCUUUCAAACAACUCAGUAAGGAAGAGGAAGUGCAGUUUUUAGUGAUCCCCACUUCUUCUUCUUCUUCAAUCCGCCAUGGAAAUGGACCUCCACCACCUCCAAUAGAACAACAACUUCUCCCACAUUCUCUCUUCCACUUUUUCUCUCUCCUCUGCUCAUCAAAAUCAAAUUGGAACAGUUAUGAGUGUGUUUACUGGUGACCCAUUUCCACUCUUUUGAGAAUCUCCACUGUUUUUCAUCUUCUUCCUUCAUAUUCUCUCUGUUUCUUUCACAAUGCUUCUCUGAUUCUGUAACAACUGCUGCAGUGUUCUGAUGGGUUGAUUGAUUCUUUACAAUCCCAAUUAUGCUUUGAUUUCCCAUUGUUUUUGUAGAAGGUGGAGCUUCAAACCCAAUGCUGGAUCUUAACCUCGAAGUUGUUUCCUCUGAGUCGGCUUCCGAUUCGGUUGAGAUGGUUACUGAGAGGUUUCUGCAGUUUCCGGCGAAUAGAAUGGAAAGCGCCGGUAGCUUUAACUCGUCCUCCGUCGUUAACGGCGAUCUUUCCGCUAGUACCACCGGCGAUGAGGACUCGUCUUCUAACGCUGACGAGGCGUUCCCGUUCACCUUUGGUAAAGACUACGUGGUUCAGGAAAGCUUAACGGCGAAAUCACUCUGUGUUUUCGAUGACCACCGCGAUCAGACGAUGGAGCUCUUCCCAUUAACAGGGGGGAUAUCUUCUGGUUCGAGUCCUCAGAAGCGGUGGCCGGAGGUUUCUCCGCCGGAAUUUGGUUAUUGUGGUGGUGUGCCGCAGCGGCGAAUAGCCGCACCGCCGGCGCAGCAACAGCAUCAGCCGAUGAGGAAGAACCGACGAGGUCCAAGGUCUCGAAGUUCGCAGUAUCGUGGAGUUACUUUUUAUCGACGAACAGGAAGAUGGGAAUCGCAUAUUUGGGACUGCGGGAAACAGGUUUAUCUGGGUGGUUUUGAUACUGCACAUGCUGCUGCUAGAGCAUAUGAUCGAGCGGCGAUCAAGUUUCGUGGGAUCGAUGCAGAUAUCAAUUUCAAUGUCUGUGAUUAUGAUGAAGAUAUUAAGCAGAUGAGUAAUUUCACCAAGGAAGAGUUUGUUCAUAUUCUUCGUCGCCAUAGCACUGGAUUUUCAAGGGGAAGCUCGAAGUACAGAGGAGUUACUCUGCAUAAAUGUGGACGAUGGGAAGCUCGUAUGGGCCAGUUUUUGGGCAAGAAGUACAUAUAUCUUGGACUCUUUGAUAGUGAGAUUGAGGCUGCAAGGGCAUACGACAAGGCUGCCUUAAGAUGCAAUGGUAAGGAGGCUGUUACAAAUUUUGAGCCAAGUUCUUAUGUGGCAGAGAUGGCUUCUGAAACUGACACUGGAGAGAACAACCAGAUUCUUGAUCUGAACUUGGGAAUUGCUCCCCCAAAUCAUUCUGAUGCUGGAAGUGAGAGCAUUGGCAUGUUUGGUAAUGGUAUUCAUCACAGCUCACACAACAUGCUUGUUGACAGAAGAGCUAUGCCUGAGAACUCUGUUUCAGCAGCAAUUAGAUCAUCUCAGCCAUAUAGCUCUGCAGUGCCUUCCAAUUACCAUUCUUCUUGGAAUGUUUCAAAUUCCAGUUUCUUUCCCAUCUCCAGGGAAAGAGCAACAGAGAUGAGGAUGGGGGUUGAGUCUUGGGAGUGGCAGAUCCAUGGCCACGCAAGUGCAACAACCUCUGUGCCACUCUUCUCUGCGGCAGCAUCAUCAGGAUUCCCUUCUUCUUUUUCUUCUUCAUCAACUGCCAUUUCAUCAGCAUCACCUGCUGUUGGUGAAAUCCAUUUCCCAGCAAUCUUCUACUGUAGGAGUUGAGCAGAAAGCACCAGGUGGAACUGAAAGAAGGAACACAACUCACAGGUUAAAAAGGCAUUCUUUGUUUCUGAAAGAUUAUAGGUAACCUAAAAACUCACUCUGGCUUAUUUCAAGGGCAUUUAUAGUUGUAUUUUAACUAAGAUUCACUAUGUUGAGAUUACUAUUGGAUGUUGAGGUGACUAACUUUAGUACUCAUCCAACUUCCCUUUUCUAUAGCUGCAUUAACAAUGUUGUUAUUUUGGGAUUAGUGAACCUAUGGAUUUUAAGCUUCUUGAAUUGUCCUAAUCUUGCAAGCUAGACCCUAGCUUUACUUGAGUUCUUAUCUAAGGUUUAGUUUGGGCCAGCUGGUUUAA